AUGGAGCAACUGCGCCAGGCUAUCCAUGGAUGUGGAUCAAUCCCAUAUCAGCAAAGGUCGUUGCUUCCAAAGCUUAUCUCGCUGGAACAAGGGGCCUUUGUUAGAGGGCGAUCCAUUUCAAAAAGUAUAGCUCUGGCCCAGGAAGUUUUCAGGGACAUCGGUAAUAAGGUCAAAGGUGGUAAUGUGGUCCUCGAGCUGGAUUUGGAGAAAGCUUACGACCGAGUGGAUUGGAGUUUCCUUACAGGGGUGUUGAGAAAAUUUGGAUUCAGUGAGCAGUGGAUUCAGCUCGUUGACAAGUGCUGGUCUAAUUGUUGGUUCUCGGUUUUGAUUAACGGAGAAAGUUGCGGCUUCUUCAAGUCGUCUCCUGGUCUACGUCAAGGGGACCCGAUUUCUCCUAACCUCUUCAUCCUUCUGACUGAAGCUUUAAGUAGAAGCUUUAGGAGGCUAACCGAAUGA